CAGACAUAUAUCUUAACUACUAUUUAUAUCUUUUUUCUACAAGCUUAAAGACACUUGAAAUCAUCCUUUAAAACCUAAAGAAACGUCGGAGAGGCUUAUCGUUCUUGUUUACUUCUUUGCAUUCUUUAUUAACAUAAAUCCCUCAUCAUCAAUGGCGAAAGCUGUGUUCUUGAAUUUUUGCAUAGUUUUUCUUAUUAGUACCAUAAUCGUAUGUCAUGAGAUUCUACCGACCGAGGCAAGACACUUGAAAACUCAUAGAAAGCCAAUCAAAAACAGAAAAACUACUUUCAGGGUGCACGACGUCUCCGGUGGCUCGAGCACAACCGCCGUCGGCUCGGUGAAAAAAAGUACCAUUAGCAACGAAGAACACGGUGUUGAUCAGUUCCGGCCAACAGCUCCUGGAAACAGCCCCGGCAUUGGUCAUUCCAUUAAAACCUAAUGAAUUGAAGGAUUUACACAAUUGCAUUGUGUCAACAAGCAUAAUUUGUUCUCUUCACUUCUCUUUUCAAAAAUAUUUUUUCUUUAAUUAUUAGUUAAUGUCG